GCCUGUCCUCAGAUUCAAAAUGUGGAAACGAGGAAUCGCAUUUGCUCUUAUAGGCUUAGCUGUGUUUUCAGUGACUCCUCAACCAAUUACAGAGGUGGAAUUACAGGCGAACAAAUAUGCUAAAUUUGGUGGCCCAGUAACUCUACGAUGCGGUUUUGACGGGACAGACUUUACAAUACAGUAUAUUUCUUGGACUAAAAUAUACGCUGGAGCCAAAAGAAGAGUCUUCGUUUACGAAUUUAGCCCGCUACCGUUCUAUAAUCAGUCCUAUAACGACCUAAAGGGCAGAGCAUUCCUCCAGUAUGAGUUAGGAUCGGGUGCCAUGCUGGAUUCGAUUUCACAACCACUGUCGCAUUACACUAGUUUCCAGCCUGAAAGCGAAAGCGCGCCAAAUGAUGAAUUAUUGCCCACCAAAACAGAUGUGGAACCGCAUUUUAAACAGAACACGCAAAGUACUGUUGAUAGAUGA